CCUGUCUCCUCCUGUCAGCCCGCGGAGCCGCAGCCUGUGUCGGACUGAGACGCCAGCGCGGCUGCUUCCUGCUCCGGAGCGGAUGGAGAGUCAACCUUGGAAAAGGACGAAUGCGGGGUUUGUUUCAGCAUAUGCGUGCCUUUCCAGCGGCGGGAGGACGGGGCAGAGCGAGCAGCAGACAGUCAGCGGUGAUCUUCAGGAGACGUAAACAUUGCCAUGCCCUGCUGCAUGCACCACCUUCUGCGAUCCGUCUCCUCAUCGUCCUUUGAGCUACAGUUAACAGGACAUAGCAGAGGACAGUAGGAAAAUAACCCUGCUGCCAAAGGACUGGGCUUGUUCUUAUCACGGUUCAUAUUAAACGCAACACCAUGGGUGCCAAGCAGACCAAAGGCCAGGAGGCCGGAGGACCGAGCCCUCAGCACAGCUGGAAGCGGACCCCCACUAGGGAGCGGGGAGACAUCCUGGCUUCCCUCAUGCUGAAGUCAGGGGACCGGCUGGGGCGUGGCGGGACGCCGCCGCCUUACCAGCGCCGCAUUGGCAUGAUCCAGGAGAUGAUGCUGAUGGCCAAGCAGGGCAAGCAGGACGAGGCUACGGAGAUGCUCAAGACACUCAGACAGGACCUGGGCAUGGAAUCAACCUCUCUGGAUGACGUGUUGUAUCGCUACGCCAGCUUCAGAAACCUGGUCGACCCCAUCACGCAUGAUCUGAUAAUCAGCCUGGCACGAUAUGUGCACUGCCCCAAGACGGAGGGCGACUCUCUCGGGGCGAUGGAGAAGGUUUGCCGUCAGCUGACCUACCAUCUCAGCCCCCACUCUCAGUGGAGGAGACAGGGCCUGCUCAAGAGGAAACCUCAGGCCUGUUUGAAGGCGGUGCUGACGGCCCCUCUGUCCAGCGGGGCGUUGGAUCUGUCCGGUAUUCCUCUGGCUGCUCGGGACAUGGAGCGUCUGUGUGCACACCUCCAGCGCCAUGCAUCCAUCGUGGGCAGCCUGGAGCUGGGCUUCACAGAGCUGACGGACGAGGCAUUCCUCCUGCUGCUGCCCACGCUGGCCGUCCUACCACACCUGGAGACUCUGGCCCUAAACGGGAACAGACUGACCAGAGCCGUUCUCAAAGAGCUGACUGAUGCCCUGAAGGAUCCCUGCAGUUUCCCCAGCGUGACGUGGAUCGACCUGGGCAACAACGUGGACAUCUUCUCUCUGCCGCAGCCCUUCCUGCUCAGCCUGAGGAAGCGCUGCCCCAAGCAGGGGAACCUCCCCACCAUCCUUGAGUUCGGAGAGAGUCAGGUCAGUGACCCCCCCGAGAGGCUGAGGGGUCUCGGAGAAGAGGAGGAUGACACCAAUCGCACCGAGAGCAUGGGAGAGCUACGGUCGGAGGUGGAGGAGGAGCUGGACGGGGAGAUGGAGAUCGAGGAGAUGAUGGAGGAGCUGCUGGACUUUGACAGGGAGGUGCAGGGGAAGGAGGACGAGGACGAGAGCAUGUGGACACUGGAGGAGCAGAAGAGAGUGGUGGGCAGGGGGAGGAAGGGGGGCUGGAGAGGGGAGGAGAAGGAGGUGCAGGGGAGGCGGGCGCUUAUGGCAGACGAUGACGACGACACGCACAGCCUCUCUUGCUCCAGCCAGUCACAGCACUCCUCCGGAGCUGCCGAGCCGAUGAGAGUGGAGGAGGAAGACUUGGACGAGGUGACGGACCAAUCGGAUCACUUGACCUGAUUGCUGCUUCCUGCUACGCUUAUGUUUCCCCUCCUGUGUCGAGUCCUGUGUGGAUGGAGGCAAAAGAGUGCUCAAAGUCAAUUCGACUGGAGUGUUAGGACGAUGUAAUCCAUAUGAACAUGUCACUGGAUACUACAUCCACUGAUCUGUGAGCGCACAGCUGAACCCAGGUGACUCGUGGUGACCGUAACACGAGAAGACAAUCCCCACAGGACGUCUGUUUUAUCCUAACUGUCUGUUUAACUACCAAUAGACUGAAGGAUGCUAAAGCAUAAAUUAGGUUGAUUACUUAUAUCACGUGAGGCUUUUAUGUACAGAAUUUUAAUCUUGAUUCAGGUCCUUUCCUCCUGGUAACCCUGGUGAUACCUACAUGUGCCUGUAACAUGUCCCAAGUGUAUGUUUAAAGAUAAAAAUAUAUAAAAAAAAUAAGAUAAACACAAGCUAGUCAGGGCCAUUAAACCUUUAAAAUACAGUUUUUGCCAAAAAUCUAGAAGUGGAAUAUAUAAAAUGUUUCCGUCCCUCACACAUAGCCAGAUGGGAAGACAGACGGAAUCCAUCGUUAAGCCAACUAUCAUUUGAUUUUUAAGGAACAAACAGAUGCUCGUGCUUCAGCGGACAGAGAGAAGUACUAUGAAGAUGAAAUAAGUCACCUGAAACCAAAAGUAAAACAACUGAUAAAGAACAAGGACAGAUGAUUGUAAGGAUACAACUGUUCUGUUGUGGGCCGUGCUGUGGUUUCCAGUGUAUAGAUGUGAUGAUCUUGUUGCUGUGUGUCCCAAAGCAAAGGGUCCGAGUAUCGAGUUGAAAUAUGUCAUUGCCUUUUUCUAAUAGUCCAGGUCAUGUUUCACCCCACGGCACGUGUGCCUCACAUGCUUACAGUGCUGUUUUUAUGUUGUAUGCUGGGUUACAACCUCUUAUAUCUUUAUGCAGUAUGUAGCUCUCACCCGGCCUGUGCUUUCUACUCAUGCAUCACGUAUAGUCCACGCAAAGCUUUGAGAAACAAACUAUUUUGGGAUGUACAGUAUAUACAGCAUAUUGUUUUGAUCUGUGCAGGGGAAAUCAUUAAGAUUGUAGAUGAGCUAUUUAUAUAAAUGUAUAACUAAAGAUUUGUAUUGUUAUUUACAGAGGAAUACCACCUAAUUCAAAGAUAUACAUAUAUAUUUCUCGUUGUCUGGGAUAGUUUGAACUAUAGACUAUAUAUAUAGAUAUGUAUACAUGUGUAUACAUACAUACACUGCCCGGCCAAAAAAAAGGUCACAAGCCUGUGGGGGCAAUGCUAUGAUCUGGGGUUGCUGCAGUUGGUCUGGUCUAGGUUCUGCAACAUUAUGUGCCCAAAGAAUGAGGUCAGCUGACUACCUGAAAUACUGAAUGACCAGGUUAUUCCAUCAAUGGAUUUUUUCUUCCCUGAUGGCACGGGCAUGUUCCAACAUUGUGAAAGAGUGGUUCAGGGAGCACGAUACAUCAUUUUCACACAUGGAUUGGCCACCACAGAGUCCAGACCUGAACCCGAUUGAGAGUCUUUGGGAUGGGCUGGAGAAGACUUUGCGCAGUGGUCUGAAUCUCCCGUCAUCAAUAGAAGAUCUUGGCGAAAAAUUAAUGCAAGACAGAAAUAAAUGUUGUGACAUUGCAGAAGCUUGUGGAAACGAUGCCACAGCGAAUGCGUGCCGUAAUCAAAGCUAAAGGCGGUCCAACGAAUAUUAGAGUGUUACCUUUUUUUAGGCCAGGCAGUGUAUAACACUUUCGCGAUUUGACACACAGCUUGGUUAGGACCCCUCAACUCAUUUUUACAUGCAGGGUACUCUUCAGAACCGAAACAAACUUCUAGGUUGGGUUUUAAAAGGAUAAUUGUUUUAUCUCAAGUCACAAAUGUAAGUUAGUUGUGUUGUAUACAUAACAUAAUCUAAUAUACUACUUUAGUUGAGCAGUGGUAGAAAAAAACACUCAGAUAUUAUACUUACUAAUGUAGCAACACCUGCAUUUAAAAUCUUACAGUAGUACAAAGUACAAAAGUAUUAGCAUAACAAUAUAUUUAAGUACCAAAAGUGAAAGCACUCGUCAGGCGUAAUGACCCAUUUUAGAAUGAUACAUGGAUCCUGAUCACCCGCUGUUCUUUUUCAUGUCCCCCGAUCCGCACAUUAUCCCGCUUAUUACACCGCUACAUUCUAAAUAAAUACACUUAAUUCACAAUAUUGAUUAAAAAUGAUUUUAUUGAAAGAAGUCCGUUCCACUGCGUACUAACGUCUGGAACUGCUGACGUUAAAUUUACCGGACUUCUUUCUGUUGAUUGAUAUGACUGCACAUAGUCUCUCACCCUCCUUAGAAAAUGGUCUGGUAACAAUAAUGAACAAGCUCUUGAAUCUCCCAGUUCACCAAUCAGAUUUGAGUAUUCAACUAAGCUGUGUAAUAAAUGUAAUGACUGAAAUAUGAUUAUUGAUGAAUUCUUAGUGGUAAAGGUGGAGCUAAUAUUAAAACUUUAAAUACAGCCUCUGGAUUAUUCAUGAGUUUUUGUAGCCAAUAAUGUAAAGUCAUUUAAGCCAUGAGUGGAAUAAACAAAUAAAUAUAUACAAGCUUUCAAAAAAUGUUGUGGAGUAGAAGUAUAAAGUACCAUAAAAUGAAAAUACAAGUAGCUCAAAAGUGAAUUCAACGGGGCACCAGCAAUAGACUAGCCCUGCGUUUCUGUGACCCAUUCAUUCUGCCGAGUAACUGUAUAGGCUGACUUUGUAGCUCUACGGCCCAAUUCCUAACUGACCCCUACACCCUCCCCUUACCAUUUCCACUCUGUUGGCAUGUACGCAUCGAGGGUCCACCGCAUUAGAUGUCGUUCCAACCAACUAGUGGGAGUGAGUUAUCAAGCCGUCUGACAGCUAUUGGACAGCUAGUAUGCAUCCUUCCUGACUAACCACCUACACGACCUGACCGUGUGCAACCCUGCUUGUGUCUGUCAUGAAACAUGUGGUGUACAAAUAGUUCUGUGCAAACAUUUACUAGUAACCUGCGCAAAGAAAAAUGACAUUUAAUAUUGCCAUACAGAUGGUAACAACUUAAAGAUUACAUAUUGUUUCCUUUUACUAAGGACCAUAUAUACCCGGGUCUAAUCUAGAAAAUGGUUGUGCAUUUCAUUUUAAAGUUUUGUAUAUUUAGAGGGACUGUUGCAAAAACCUAGCAACUUUUAAACAUCAGAUUUAAAAAGGGAGGUUUACCAAGAAGAAAUGUCACUAAAGAUUUUAAAAUAACUUAAAUAUAUUCUUUUUUGUCCGAGCCAAUGCUAAACAAUGGUGGAGAGUAGUUACGACAAUUCCAGUUUCGGUCGGAGAGUUUGUUCCAAAAGCUUGCUGCUUCAUUAACACUCAAAGAAGGAGUCUCAUUCAGCUGAGAGUGUGAGUACAGAUCGAGUUUACUCCAUCGCAGAGGGAGAGUGUGUUGGAAUUGGGCGUCAUAAUGACUUUGGCCAUGAGAAGCAGCCCUAAAUAUAAACGUACGCAGUCUGUGAAGCACUGUUUGAGUGUGAGGGCCACUUAAUCAAGCCUUGGUAUGUCCUGUACAUUUGAUGGGAGUGAGAAUGCACUUGAGGAGUGCUUAAAUGCUGGGAAAAAGGUGACUCUUAUUUAAUAAUAUUUUUUAAAAAGGCACUUAGUAGAAAGAUGUUAUUGAAAUGUGAAACAAUAAUGACUCACAUAGACUAAAGCUUCAUUUUAAAGCAGCUAGAAAUUAAUAAAUACUUUUCCCCCUCUAAUACAUUCACAUAUGGAGCUGAUAACGAACGUAGCAUACAAGAAAAAGGCCUUUAAUGGCAUGCUGAUAAUUGCUGCUGCAACACAUCAUCAUGCAAAUUUCAUUAAGACAAACAUGUUUGUCUAUGCACCUGUCUCAGAAACGCUUAGAUUUUUCUUCCUUCCAGCUCAUCGGCCUGCUGCAAAUCCUCCUCAGAUAUAGAUGUGCAAUACUGAAUUCUUAGCGAAUCCCUUUACAGUACGGUAGUUGUUUCUUAGACAACAGAUGGGAUCUAUAUUUUUUAUUUCAUUUCUGCUUGCACUAUAUAAACAUUUGCCAAUACAUCUCAAAUGGGAAUCCUGUCACUUCAAAUAAAAAUUAAGCAUAGCUACUUUUAAAAACAACUAAACUUACUCGUAUAAUGAUUAAAGUGUCGAAUAUUGCCCAGGAACACACUACAACCGUUCUUAAGGCCACAGUGUGUGUUUAUCCUACCCUGUAUUGUAUUUGUUUAUCUGAGGGUUGAUUGGGUCAGGUUAGUUUGAAAUGGACUCAGUUACUGUUUUAAUUACGGUACAUGGCAUUUUUUAUAUUUAGUUACGUAAUCUAUUAAAUUACAAAGAUAAAUGUAUGUAAUUGAGUUAAACACACAUACUUUUUUCUUCCUCUUUAAACAUCUCAAAACAUUUUCAAUGCAAAUUAACUGCAUAUUGCAUAUCAGCAUUUACAGUUAGUUAAAUAGUUUAUCAGGUCUGAUUCGGGGUACUUAUUUACUGUAAUUUGAAUAUGUAAUCCUGACCCUUAACGCUAUCAGUAACCCAACCCUCCUUAUACAGUAGCAAACAGUUCCUGUCGCCUCAAUGACACAAACUAGCCUGAUAAAAGUUGAUCACAAAGAGAAACCUUGGUCAACCUUUAAAUUAAAAUGUAUUGCAUUGACCCGGUAAGCUCUAUUUCAAAAACAUCUCAGUAAAAUUAACUCUUUAUACAAUGUGGCGGUGGGGUUGUGAUAAUGAACAGUAGACAGUAAGAUUGUGCUUGAAAACCAGGGACAUUUAGCAAUGUGCGUACACUUUUGGGAAGACAUUAAUCUUAACCAAUGCUGCAUUUUUGAUUCUACACAAGAAUGCAUGAAUGUGGUGUCUUAAUAUCGUCUAUAGGAAUAAAGUGUCUUUGCAUCACGGAAUUACAGCCCUGGGAAAUUGUGUGAAUAGAGAGAUAUGUAACUGAAGUUUAGCCACAAGUCUUGUUUUCUGUGAUUUUAAGCCAAAUGUCUGUUUCACCUUAGCUCUCUGUCAGGCACAAUGACUGAAGACUCAAUGCUUGUCACAACAGGUCAUACACAGUCUAUGGUGAGAGUACAACUUGUGUUUACCAUGGACUUAAAAAGCAGGAAGGAUAUAAAUACUACAGAUGUGAACAUGCGGUGUUUGUGUUUCUGAUAUAUGUAGAGAUGUGUUAAGAACUAUGGUUUUCUGAAUCCAAAGGCAUCAGUAGCCUUGGGUCUUUCUCUUGUCAUGAGUCUUUCUUCAGUAUAUAUUUCUCAAUCUACUGUACACUAUACCUCUGAAUUUUUCUUAUUCUCUCACUAACCCCUUGGCCCAAAGCUCCUAUGUCUCAUUUAUUUAUAUUCCUCGAGGUCAUGUGAUCCACUGGAAGGAAUGCUCUGUGCAUUUCAUUUACAGAUUAAACGAUGCCAUUUUCUGUUAUGCCAUGAAUCUCAAUAAAGGAUAUGAUCCAACAACAAA